UUAAAUCCCCAACUAAUUUGACAAGUCUUUUGACACCAAUAAUAAUUAACGUUGCAGCUGCUGUUAGUUUAUUUCUUUUAUAAUACUCAAUUGUUAAACUAAACAUUUAACAGUAACUUUAUUAUCAUUUUCGCCUUGGGUAAAGUGAAUCGUGUGCGUCAUUGUGACUUGAACGUUGCGACAUAUAAACGCUUACGUCACUGUGAAAUGUUAUACAUUCUCUCAUCUAAUUUCUCCUUAUCAAAUUGUGAGUGUUUCAUGUGAUUUUACGUUAUGAACGAGCUAUGAGCUACUAUGAACUUUGGGAAGAUACCGAUCAGUUACUUUUGUUUAUGACGACUACGGAACUAGUGUAAUAUCUAGUCGAUUCAUGACGAGAAAGUGCUUGUCUUCUGUUGAUUAUUCGUUUAACAUAUGAUUGCAAACAUCGAACGUCGAGUUUCUUCCAACCAUUAGAAGGAAAUAUACUUGUUACAGUACCUGAUUUGAUUUAGUUAAGCCACUUGUUCGAAAUGGGUUUGUUGUUUUCCAAACUGUGGAGUCUUUUCGGUAAUGAAGAACAUAAAAUAGUAAUAGUUGGAUUAGACAAUGCAGGUAAAACAACUAUUCUAUAUCAGUUCUUAAUGAAUGAAGUUGUUCACACUAGCCCCACAAUUGGUUCAAAUGUUGAAGAAGUUGUUUGGCGUAAUAUCCACUUUAUAAUGUGGGAUUUAGGGGGUCAACAAUCAUUAAGAGCAGCUUGGAGUACUUAUUAUACAAACACAGAAUUUGUGAUACUAGUAAUAGAUUCAACGGAUAAAGAAAGGUUAAGUGUUAUUAGGGAAGAAUUAUAUAAAAUGUUGGCAAAUGAAGAACUUUCGAAAGCGGGAGUGCUCAUUUAUGCAAAUAAACAAGACGUUAAAGGGUCAAUGAGUGCUUCUGAAAUAUCCAAAGAAUUAGAUUUAACUUCAAUUAAGCAACAGCAGUGGCACAUACAAGCUUGCUGUGCUUUGACAGGAGAGGGACUUUACCAGGGUUUGGAGUGGAUAGUCAGUCGCUUGAAAAAGAAGUGACCGAGUUCUUCGCGACAGAUAAAAAAAUACUGUUAUUUUCUCAUAUUGAGAAAUGCGGUUGUGUAACAUUUCUCAUAAUUCAUGCUAAUUAUUUUUUAAAGCUUGUGGUAUAAAUAUUCAAUUUUAUAUUGCGGUGUAUUUAUACGAAACAUUUAUGUGCCACAAGUAAAUCCUUGUUAAGCAUCUAGUAAUAAUAAAUUUAUAUUGAAUUAUUAAGUUUCGGUUUCAUCCUUUACACAUAUGUAACGGCAAGAUCCAUCUUGUAAACUAAUUGUAUUUUUUUUAUAAUCACUAUCUUAUUGUACAGUAACUAUUAAGGAUAAUACAUUUUUUCUGUUAA